UGCAUCACGCGGCCUUGAUCCUUUGGUUCCGCUUGCGAGCAGGUCAAAGAUCACAAUAGGGCACUUUAACGAAAGUUGUGCACGGUGGACUAGCUGAUGGGGCGACGAGAGACCGAGGCAACUCGCCGCCGCCGUGCUGAGCUGGCCCGAUAUCGUCAGGGCCCGAAUGGCAAGUGGGAGUCGAAUGCAAAGAAGGCGAUAGCAAGACGAGCCAAGCAAAAGAGCUGGCGUAUCGGUCCCUUGCUGGCAAGCUGCCGAGCUAAGAAGGCUGCACAGGAUGCCUCGAAUCUCAAAGCAGCCAGAAGACUAGCCCAAGCACUCAGAACUGUAGCAGACGAGGCCUCUUUGCAAGGUCUGAUUUCGGAGCUGGACUCUCUGUCAGUGAAUGCAAAGCUUUUGCGAAGGACUCUGAUACCAAAGUUGCUGCGAGAAGUGUCACCGCAAUUCCCACAGUUGAAAAGCAAGGUGUCGCCACUCAUUGCCAAAUGGCGCAGCAUCUUUGUCAGAGAGACAGCUGCAAAGGAGCAAAAGCAAGGCUCACCAGCACGAGAGCAAGGUGCUACUUUGCCCAUCAUGAGGAGGCCUCAGCGUUCAUCUAGCUCUUCAAGCUCUUCAAGCUCUUCAAGCUCUUCACGCUCCAGCUCAUGCCGAGUCUCAUCUCCAAGGCUGCUGGGUCCUUGCUUUUGAUUUGCAGCGUAUCACCUUCGGCUUGGGAAUUCAGAGCCAGGCCUGAGGUCAAGACGCUGCGACCGAGGCUUCCCGGUCUUGCUCUAUCGGCUUUCAAUGCGCCCUGCUCCAGGAAGCCUCUGAAGCAGCGGCGCAUCACGUCCUUUCUCCGACUGUGAAUCUGGGAAGGAAGACGUAGAAUAUUUUUCAUGAGGCCAGGAGGCUGCCUGCCUUUAGCGCGUGGCUUAAUGUACAGGUAAUUAGCUUGGGGACUAGAAGAUACGCAGCCUGGGGAGGGCGGUAGCUUGUUCACUCGAUUUGGUCAAGCAAGCGCGGGAGUC